UGCUGCUCGUUUGUAAACAUGACAUUCUAUUUUAGGUUAUAGUUUUUAAGACAACAAUCAAACUAUGAAAAUAUCAAUACACCUCGCAUUCACAUUGCUAGCGGCAGUGGUUGGGUUUCGUUGCUCGGAGCUGAAAGCAAGUGAUAAACGAUUAGUCGAAAUUAUAAGCGAUUGUGAGUGGACAGCCAGAAAAAAUUUGAUCUCCGAAACACUGUUGGAUCGCUACCGGAGACACGUGAUGAACAGUUUCUUUCAGCAUAAUGACGUAUGUGCUGUCCAUGAGUGGAGUAAACAUGUUCGGAUGAUCAAAUUAAGCGAUGAGAAUGGAUUAGACGAGGUAGAAGAAAGUGAUGCAGAUGGUGAGAAAUAUCGAGAAACUAACCUACCUCCGGCUUCAUUUCUUGCACAGUCUACUAAUUUAACCUGUUCUGCAAGUGCCAAAGAUUUUUAUUCAUGUAUUCUAAAUCAAUACGGAGACACAACACUGAAUACGAUGAUACUCGAAAACCUGAAGGACAUCUGUGAACACAGACGCAAGCGCAACUCCAAGUACGUGUCGAAGCAAAAGUUUUACUCCUGGGGUGGUAAGCGUAAUAACGCACAUAUUUUCUUUCCAUGGGGUGGCAAGCGAAACUUUGCCUCCAGUCGGAUUCAACGGCAGCCGAAGGUCGUCAUACGGAAUCCAUUCCAUUCGUGGGGCGGGAAGCGCAGCCCGCCGGACGCAAGGCGUUUUUAAAAACGCAAUGACGCUCCAUUAAUAUAACUCUGUUGCGUUUAUCCAGUGGGAGCCCUUUGUUGAGUUUGUUUCUUGCAAUAAAUAUUAUUUUAGUUGCCAGUGCAUGUUCCAGUUUCAUUCGUAAAUAAGAAUCUGUCCAAAUAAAACGAUAUUGAGCGCAAUGACACCGGGGAAUACUAGUUUUAUUUCAA